AUGUUUAUUCAACUUAUAGCAGUUGUGGGUACAAUACUUGGAUUCAUAUGCAGCACACUCUCGGUUGCCGCGGGGUUGUACUACAUGUCUGAAAUUAUAGAAGAUAACAUUGAAUUCACAAGGAGAACGUUGUCCAUAUGCAUAAAAGGACUUUCGACUAUCUUGAUUCUUCUAUGGCUUUUUGAUGAUUUUAGUUUGAAGCAUGUACUCUUCACUUUAUUUUCCUACUACGUUUACAGUCUCAAUUUAAAACAUUUCCCAAUUGUCAACAUAAAGGGGCCUAUUUUCAUAGCUACAUGCAUUCUAGCGAUACUAAAUCAUUAUUUUUGGUUCAGGUAUUUCAGCAAUCCAUAUAUUCCACCAUUGGAGGAUAGGCUUGAUCCUAACUUUAAAAUGCCACACUAUCCAACAUUUGCUGAAAUUGCAUCGUUCUUUGGCAUUUGCGUGUGGUUUGUACCGUUUGCAUUAUUUAUCUCUCUCAGCUCAGCAGAUUCAAGUCUCCCAUUAACUGCUUCGGAUUUGAGUUCAAGCAAUCAAACUGAUAAAAAGGUUAACAAAUCAGUUAAUUUAAUUAGAUACUUGUUAUCUCAGAUCGCUCAGACGAUAGACAAAGGAUUCAAAUUACUAGGCAUAAAUUUCAACUUCAGAAGUCGCAACGAUUCCAGCAAUCCUAACGAGAUUUAUGCAUGA